AAGUUGUAAGUUCCGGUCGUUUUAUUCCGGGGUAAAAGGUUACUGUUUCUCAAUCCCCGAAAAAAUAUGUCGCUGUAGCUGGUGAAGUAACCAGUUAGUAAAAUAACUGAGCCUGCAUAUCCUGGGUAUCCAGUAUUGGCACAGAUCACCAUGAAUCGCCCAAAGCCCCCCACAAUUAGGCGUCCAAGCACUGCGAAACCUUCAGGUCACCCUCCUCCUGGAGAUUUCAUAGCUUUAGGGUCUAAGAGCCAGGCUGGGGAACCGAAAGCGCCAGCUGUUCUCUUGAAGCCUGCCUCCACGGGUUUGCCUCCUGAUCGCAAGAGGGAGAUCCCUUCAUCUCUGCCCUCCUCCUCGGGCCUGUCCAGCCUCUCCAAGCGGCCCAAACUCUCCACCCCUCCGGUCAGCGCUCUGGGGCGGCUGGCAGAUGUGGCUGCGGUGGACAAGCGAGCGAUAUCGCCCUCUAUCAAGGAGCCUUCGGUCGUGCCCAUUGAAGUUUCGCCUGUGGUCCUGCUGGACGAGAUCGAGGCCGCGGAGGCGGAGGGCAACGAUGACCGCAUCGAGGGGGUCCUCUGCGGCGCGGUCAAGCAGCUGAAGAUGAACCGCGCCAAGCCCGACAUCACGCUGUACCUCAGCCUGAUGUUCCUGGCCAAAAUGAAGCCCAACGUCUUCGCCACCGAGGGGGUCAUCGAGGCCCUGUGCAGCCUCCUGCGACGGGACGCCUCCAUAAACUUCAAGGCCAAGGGGAACAGCCUGGUGUCCGUGCUCGCCUGCAACCUCCUGAUGGCCGCCUACGAAGAAGACGAGAACUGGCCCGAGAUCUUCGUCAAAGUGUACAUUGAGGACUCUCUGGGAGAGCGCAUCUGGGUGGACAGCUCCCACUGCAAGAACUUUGUGGACAACAUCCAGACGGCCUUCACCACCAAGAUGCCCCCGAAGAGCAUGCUCCUGCAGACAGACACGGGCCGCUCGGGCGGGGACCUCAGCGCCGGGAGCAGCCCUCACCCCUCCACCCCGGACGAGGACGACAGCCAGACGGAGCUGCUGAUCGCGGAGGAGAAGCUGAGCCCGGAGGACGAGGGCCAGGUCAUGCCCAGGUACGAGGAGCUGGCGGAGAGCGUGGAGGACUACGUGCUGGACGUGCUGCGGGACCAGCUGAACCGCCGGCAGCCCAUGGACAACGUCUCCCGCAACCUCCUGCGCCUCCUCACCGCCACCUGCGGCUACAAGGAGGUGCGCCUGAUGGCCGUGCAGAGGCUGGAGAUGUGGCUGCAGAACCCCAAGCUGACCCGCCCCGCGCAGGACCUGCUCAUGUCCCUGUGCAUGAACUGCAACACCCACGGGGCGGAUGACAUGGAGGUGGUGUCCAACCUCAUCAAGAUCCGCCUCAAGCCCAAAGUGCUUCUCAACCACUACAUGCUCUGCGUUCGGGAGCUCCUGAACGCCCACCGGGACAACCUGGGCACCAUGGUGAAGCUGGUGAUCUUCAACGAGCUGUCCAACGCCCGCAACCCCAACAACAUGCAGGUCCUGCACACCGUCCUGCAGCACAGCCCGGAGCAGGCCCCCAAGUUCCUGGCCAUGGUCUUCCAGGACCUGCUGACCAAUAAGGAUGACUACCUGCGGGCCUCCAGAGCCCUGCUGAGGGAGAUCAUCAAGCAGACCAAGCACGAGAUCAACUUCCAGUCCUUCUGCCUGGGCCUGAUGCAGGAGAGGAAGGAGGCCACCUACGUGGACAUGGAGUUCAAGGAACGCUUCGUCAUCCAGGUGACCGACCUGCUGACUGUCUCCAUGAUGCUGGGCAUCACCGCCCAGGUCAAAGAGGCCGGCAUCGCCUGGGACAAAGGAGAGAAGAAGAAUCUGGAGGUGCUGAGGUCCUUCCAGAACCAGAUCGCCGCCAUUCAGAGGGACGCCGUGUGGUGGCUCCACACCGUGGUGCCCACCAUCAGCAAAGUGGGGCCCAAAGACUACGUGCACUGCCUUCACAAAGUCCUCUUCACGGAGCAGCCAGAGACCUAUUACAAGUGGGACAACUGGCCCCCUGAGAGCGAUCGAAAUUUCUUCCUGCGCCUCUGCUCAGAAGUGCCCCUAUUGGAGGACACGCUGAUGCGCAUCCUGGUGAUUGGUCUGUCCCGGGACCUCCCCCUGGGCCCCGCCGAUGCCAUGGAGCUGGCCGACCACCUGGUGAAGAGAGCCGCCGGGGUGCAGUCUGACGACUUGGACGUGUUGCGAGUGGAGAGGAUCCAGCUCAUCGACGCGGUGCUCAACCUGUGCACGUACCAUCACCCUGAGAACAUCCAGCUCCCCACAGGGUAUCAGCCCCCAAACCUGGCCAUCUCCACGCUCUACUGGAAAGCCUGGCUUCUGCUGCUCGUGGUGGCUGCGUUCAACCCGCAGAAGAUCGGUAUGGCUGCCUGGGAUGGCUAUCCCACCCUAAAAAUGCUCAUGGAGAUGGUCAUGACAAAUAACUACUCGUACCCGCCGUGCACGGUGGCGGACGAGGAGACCAAGACGGAGAUGAUCAACCGCGAGCUGCAGGUCUCCCAGCGCGAGAAGCAGGAGAUCCUGGCCUUCGAGAGCCACCUGGCAGCCGCCUCCACCAAGCAGACCAUCACCGAGAGCAACAGCCUGCUGCUGUCCCAGCUCACCAGCCUGGACCCGCAGGGCCCCCCUCGCAGACCCCCGCCCCUGGUCCAGGAGCAGGUGAAGAGCCUCAACCAGUCGCUGCGCCUGGGACACCUGCUGUGCCGCAGCCGCAGCCCAGACUUCCUGCUCAACAUCAUCCAGAGACAGGCCUCCUCCCAGUCCAUGCCCUGGCUGGCUGACCUCGUCCAGUCCAGCGAGGGGUCCUUGGACGUGCUGCCCGUGCAGUGCCUGUGCGAGUUCUUGCUCCACGACGCGGCGGACGACUCCACUCCCGUGGAGGACGAGGAGGAGGGAGAGAGCAAGGAGCAGAGAGCUAAAAAAAGACAAAGACAGCAAAAACAAAGGCAGCUCCUCGGACGCCUGCAGGAUUUACUCCUGGGUCCUAAAGCGGAUGAGCAAACUACCUGCGAGGUCCUGGACUACUUCCUGCGCCGACUCAGUUCCUCACAGGUUGCCUCGAGAGUGCUGGCCAUGAAGGGCCUGUCUCUGGUGCUCUCAGAAGGGGGCCUGCGGGACGGAGAGGAGCGGGACCAGCCCAUGGAGGAGGACUCAACGGACGCCGAGCUCCUCCCGAGGUACCAGUGGCUCCUGCAGGACCUGUCCAAGCUGCCCCUGUUCGACAGCGUCCGGGCCAUGACCUCCAGCUCCCUGCAGCAGGCCAUUCACAUGGAGACGGAUCCUCAGACCAUCAGCGCCUACCUGAUCUAUCUGUCCCAGCAUGCACCUGUGGAGGAGCAGGGUCUUCACAACGACCUGGCCUUGGACGUGGCGCGGCUCAUCGUGGAGCGCUCCACCAUAAUGAGCUGUCUCUUCAGUAAGCACUCAUGCCGGCCCGAGUCGGACGCUGUCCUCUCCGCCCUCAUCAGCAUCUUCUCCUCCUACAUCCGCCGCAUGAGGAAGACCAAGGAGGGGGAGGACCUCUACAGCUGGUCCGAGUCUCAGGACCAGGUGUUCCUGCGCUGGACCACGGGGGAGACGGCCACCAUGCACAUCCUGGUGGUGCACGCCAUGGUCAUCCUGCUCACCCUGGGCCCGCCCAAAGAGGAGAGCGAUUUUUACAACCUGCUGGACAUCUGGUUCCCCGAUAAGAAGCCCCUCCCCACCGCCUUCCUAGUGGACACUUCGGAGGAAGCCCUUCUGCUGCCCGAUUGGCUGAAGCUGAGAAUGAUCCGCUCAGAAGUUUCCCGAUUGGUGGAUGCAGCCCUGCAGGACCUGGAGCCACAGCAGCUGCUGCUGUUUGUGCAGUCCUUCGGCAUCCCCGUCUCCAGCAUGAGCAAGCUGCUGCAGUACCUGGACCAGGCCGUCUCCCACGACCCGCAGACCCUGGAGCAGAACAUCAUGGACAAGAACUACAUGGCUCACCUGGUGGAGGUGCAACACGAGCGGGGCGCCACCGGGGGGCACACUUUCCACACCUUGCUCAGCGCCUCCCUUCCUCCUCGCAGAGACAGUGCCGAGCUGAACCGAGCUAAAGUCACCGUGGAAACGCCCCACGGCGCAGUGAAGAUGCGGGCAGCCAAUCAGAUUCCGGCCAUCGGGCCUGACGACGAUCUCACCGGAAUGCUUCUGCAGCUCUUCCCGCUGAACCCGGACCCUCGCUGGCCCAGCUCCCCCCCGCGCCAGCUCACCCUGGCCCUGCAGCAGGCCCUGGCCCAGGAGCUGGCCCGCGCGCGCCAGGGACACACCCAGCCCGGGGGCGUGGCCUCCCGCCUCCUCCAGGCGCUGGCGGCCCUGCUCAACUCCACCCACGGGGGCGCCCUGGUCAUGGCCAUGCACCGCAGCCACGCCCACUCCUGCCCGCUGCUGCGCCAGCUGCACCAGUACCAGCGGCGCGUGCCCCAGGACUCGGCCUUCUCCGCGCUCUUCUUCAAAGCCGCCGUGCAGAUGCUCAACUGGCUGGAGAGCCCGGCAGUGGAGCCGGGGCCCCUGCAGGCCCUGCUCAAGGGCUUCGCGGCCCAGUACUCCCACAAGCACCGGCUCGGCGACGUGCGCACCGGGUUCCUGCACCUGGCCGAGGCGCUGGCGUACGGGCGGGACUCGGAGGUGGGCGCCAGGGCCGCCAUCGCCACCCUCAGGGCCGGGGAGAGGUGCAACGCCGAGCCGGACCUCGUCCGGAAAGUGCUGCAGGGCCUGGUGGAGGCGAAGUCCCCGUACCUGGAGGAGCUCCUGUCCUUGCUGAUGACCGUCGGCACGGAAACGGGGGCGGGCGUGGCGGGCCCCGUCGCCAUGGUGAUCUCCCUGCUGCUCCAGGAAACCGAAGAGAAGGCCGUCAAAACGGAGCCGGAUUCUGACUCCAGCGCGGAGCUGACGAAGACGGGGUGGAGUUCAGGGCUGCUGGUCGAUUGGAUGGAGCUGCUCGACCCCGAGGUGACCUCCGUGUGCCCAGACAUGCAGCAGAAGCUGCUCUUCGCGCUGAACAAGGGCAAAGGGGCUCAAGUGGCUGCCGCUCCCUCCUAUAGACCCUACCUGCUGGCCCUGCUCACCCACCAGUCCAACUGGAAGACCCUCCACCAGUGCAUCAGCGCCAUUCUCAGCCAGCAGAGGGAGCACAGGCUGGACCCCUCGUCAGCUCUGGACUUCCUGUGGGCCUGCAGUCACAUCCCCCGAAUCUGGCAGGGUCGGGACCAGAAAACCCCGCAGAAGCGCACGGAGAAGUCGGUCCUGCGACUGAAGCCGGACGAGCUGAUCAGCCUGGUGGACCUGAUCCUGUCCGAGUCUGAGCUCAACAGCCGAAGCUCCGCCCUCGGCAAGAAGAGCCUGGACCCCGCCUCCUGCUCCCUCAUCCAAUCACGCCUGCCCUUACUGCACAGCUGUUGCCACGGAGACCUGGAAAGUGUGAAGAAAGUGUCAGAGUACCUGAUCAACUGCACAAAGAAGUGGGGUGACAGCGUGAUGAGUAAGCGGUGCCAGAGCCUGCUGCUCCAGAUCUACCUGCAUUUCCCAGAGGUGAUCCAGCACGUGACCCUGCCGGACGCCGCGCUCAACAGCGAGGGGGCGGCCGAGGGCAGCACCUGCAAGCUGGACGUCCUGGUGCAUCGCCUGGUCACGCUGCUGGCCGACGGCGGGGACUCCAAAUCGGCCGAGAACCGCAUGUCCGACGCCAACCUGGCCUGCCGGAAACUGGCCGUGUCGCACCCCGUGCUCCUGCUCAGGCACCUGCCCAUGAUCGCGGCCCUGCUCCACGGGCGCAUCCACCUCAACUUCCAGGAGUUCCGCCAGCAGAACCACCUGACCUUCUUCAGCGACGUGCUGGCCAUCCUGGAGCUGCUGCAGCCCUUGGUCUUCCACGCCGACCACCAGAGGGCGCUGCAGGACUCACUGCUGUCCUUCAUACAGGUCCUGCAGAACUUCCGGAAGUACUCCCGCCAGCUGUCGCCGUUCAUCAGCAAGUUCGUGCUGUUCAUUCAGCGCUACAUCACCCACGACGCCGGCGCGGCCGUGCCGUACCUGCAGAAGCACUCCGACGUCCUGCAGGGUCUCUCCUCAGAAAACCCUGACCUGGUUCAGCUGAAGUCUCUGUUGGCUGGCCUGACUCUGCCUGUGAGGACCGGUCCCUCAGAGAACUCUGCUGAGGACCGUGAUGCAGACCCCUCCACAGGGUCCCUGCCCCUCGUCAGCAUCUCGGCCUCUGCUUCACUGACCGCCGGAGACAUGACCAAGUACCUGAAGAAGAUCUCCAGGGGAGAGGCCAUCGAAGACGUCCUGGAGGUUCUCAGUGAGGUGGACGAGAAGUCGCGGAGAAGCCCCGAGGUCAUCCAGUACUUCAUCAACGAUCUCCAGAGGCUGAUGAGCUCGCCGGAAGAGCUCUGCCGCAACAUGGCCUUCAGCUUGACCCUCCGCUGCAUUCAAAACAACCCCUGCAUGGCGACGGAAUUCCUUCCCACGUUCAUGUACUGCCUGGGGAGCGGGAACUUCGACGUGGUGCAGACCGCCUUGAGGAACCUUCCGGAAUACGUGCUGCUCUGCCAAGAACAUGCGGACAUAUUGCUUCACAAGGCCUUCCUGGUGGGGAUCUACGGGCAGAUCGACACCAGCUCCAUGAUCUCGGAGUCCAUGAAAGUCCUGCACAUGGAAGCGACAACGUAGAAGACCAAAGCAAACUGUCUCUCUUUCCGCUCUCUCCGUUUGCCGAGUCUUCAACUUACCGUGUCAACAAGGCCUGGACAACCAGCCUGUGGUUGUUUUUUUUUUUUUUUUUUUUUUUUUGAAGCAAUGGCACAAGUAUCAUCUGCCGUUUUCUUUUAUUUUUUUUUCAGCUUUACGUACAACUCUGUUACGGGAAUUCAACUCGAACUCCGUGUGAAAACGUGUAGGGGAUCAGAUUGUAGGGAUAGAUCGGUCUUUGUCGCAAAGCGAAACAUUUGUCAAUGUCUUUUAGUAGUGUUUUGUAUCCCUUAGAAGGAACUCUUUGUGUACGAUAACUAUUGCUGUAUUAGAACUCCAAUUAAAAGAAUAAUAAUGAUAAUGGAAAAGUUU